AUGUCUUUGUCUUAUUGUUUGUGCGCUCUAUUUGAAUCCAUGAUUAUGUUGGAUACAACAGUCAGCAAUGAGAUCAGUUCUCAGAGAGAGGUCGUUGUCCAAAGCAAUAGUGAAAGCAGCACCUCCGAGCACUCUGACGCCAGUGCGUACAGUGGCAAAAGACAGUCUAAAUUCUUUGGCAAAAUUGUGAAGAACAUGGCAAAAAGAUCAGUUAAGAGCAUAGAGGAUAUUGGGCAUGGUAUAAAAGAGUUUAAUGAUGCCCAGAUAUCGCUCUUAGAAUCAAAGUAUGAGGAAGAGCUCAAGAACCUGAAGGAGAAAAUGCAAAAAGAGUUUCAAUGCAAGCAGCAGGUAAAAAGAGUGAUCCUUAUGGCAAAAAUAUUUGACUGGUCUGAGGAGAAGACUAAGAAUGAAUUAGAAGAGGUAUAUAAUUAA